AACGCUAAAUAUCGGAUUUUCAACUAUUAUGCCUAUUUAAAUCAUUGAAGGUCUUGGAGCAAAGGUAAAUCCUGACGUUUUCGCUUGUAGAAUUGUCUCAUUGCAUUCGCUGUGGUCGAUCGACUGGAUCGACUGAAGUGACGUAAUUUACACAAAGUCAAACAAAAACAGAAUAUUCAUUUAAAAAUUGUGAUCAAAGAUGGAAGACGAUAUUGAGGAAAUGAAUAAAUUGCGCCAAAUAAGAAAUCGGAGGUAUCGGAAUAAAGCUGACACUACUAAUGACGAUUCUGAAAACGAACCGUCAUUAAAUGAAAUUCCUGAUGAUCCUGGCCCUGACAAAGAUAUUGCAUCUUUAAUGGGAUUUGCGAGUUUUGGAAAAAAAGCACGAACGUUCGAUUUUGAUGCGCUUUUUGAACAGACUCGGAGAGCAGCGAAAGAAAAAUAUGAUUCUAAUAAAGACAAAGUUUUGGCAUCUGAUUCAGCAGAAGUUGAGCAAAAUACCAAGACAAUUGAGUCAAAUUCAAGUGCAUCGGAUUCCUCAAGCGAAGAAUCAAGUGACAGUGAAGAAGAAAUAGGUCCACCGAUUCCUGAAAAUAUUAUUAAUUCAAACGAUGACACAAAAUCAAAAGUGGAUGAUGAUAAAGAUUCAGAAAGUGAAGAUGAACCAUCCACAUUGAUGAAUGAUAGAUAUAAGUCUAUACCAGCAAGUCAUGAAGUAAUUCUUGAGCAUGGUGAUAAAACUGUAUCAGCUAUCAGUCUUGAUCCUAAUGGAGCUCGCCUUAUUAGUGGUGGAUAUGAUUUUGAUGUAAAAUUCUGGGAUUUUGCUGGCAUGGAUGUUUCUUUGCAAUCAUUUCGUUGCCUUAGACCCUGUGAAUCACAUCAGAUAAAAAACAUUGAGUACAGUAUAACUGGUGAUGCAAUACUCAUUGUUUCUGGCAACUCCCAAGCAAAAAUAUUAGAUAGAGAUGGUUUUGAACUUUCAGAAUGUCCUAAAGGAGACCAAUACAUUUCUGACAUGGCUAAAACUAAAGGACAUUGUGCAAUGUUAAAUGACGGUUGUUGGCAUCCUCGGAUAAAAGAAGAAUUUUUAACUUGCUCCAAUGAUGGAAGUCUAAGGAUUUGGCUGAUGGAUGAGAAAGUUCAACAGAAAAAUGUCAUCAAGCCUCGACAGCAAGGUGGACUACGAGCAAUCCCAAUAUCUUGUCGAUAUAGUCGAGAUGGGCAACUAGUAGCUGCUGCAUGCCAAGAUGGAUCAAUUCAAAUGUGGGAUCAUAGAAAACACUUUGUAAACACUUGCCUGUUGAUGCGUAAUGCUCAUGAUAAAGGUACUGAUACAUCAUCAUUAGCAUUUUCAUAUGAUAAUCAUUAUGUGGCAUCAAGAGGUGGGGAUGAUACUUUAAAAUUAUGGGACUUAAGGAAUUUUAAACAACCUGUGAAUGUAGCUUAUUCUUUAUUUAACAGAUAUCCAAUGACUGAUUGCAGUUUCAGUCCAGAUGAUAGCUUUAUUUUUACAGGUGUAUCACUUAGAAAAAAUGAAACUAAGGGCAAAUUAAUAUUUCUUAAUAGGAAUACUUUUCAGACUGCUUAUGAGUUAGAAGUUGGAGAUUCAGAUGUUGUUAGGAGUAUUUGGCAUCCAAAACUUAACCAAAUUAUUGCUAGUACUAAAAGUGGUAUUGUGAAAGUCUAUUACAGUCCCGAAUUGAGUGAACGAGGUGCAAAAUUAUGUGUUGUAAAAACGAAGCAUAAAGCUAAGCACACUGAAAUGAUAUGUGAACAACAAAUCAUUACUCCUCAUGCUCUUCCUAUGUUUAGAGUUGACAGGCCAAAAAGUACCAAAAAACAAAUGGAAAAAGAUCGUAAAGAUCCUUUGAAAUCACAAAGACCAGAUCUUCCAGUUACUGGACCAGGUCAAGGUGGGAGAAUAGCAUCGGCAGGAAAUACUUUGUCCUCCUUUAUUGUCAGAAAUCUGGGAUUGAAAAAGAAAGUAGAUGACACAUUAGAUCCUCGAGAAGCUAUUCUAAAAUAUGCAAAAGAUGCUGAAGAAAAUCCAUAUUGGGUUACUCCUGCAUAUUCUAAAACACAACCUAAACCUGUGUUUUUGAAUGAAGAAAAAUCAGACGAACCUCCAAACAAGCAAAGAAAAAUAUAAUUGUUUUCAUUGUGUCAUAAUGUAUAGUAUUAUUUUUUAAUUUCAUAUGCAUAAUUAUGUGAAAAAUAUUAUACAUAUUUUGUGGAGAAGUAUUGGAUAAACAUAGUUAUAUAAUUUUAUAUAAAAUAAGAAGUUGUUAAUUAUGAGUAUAAGUGUUAAGAGGAGAUUUCAAUAAUAUUGAAGAAAAUAUUUUAAUAACAGGUUUUUUUUUUAACUAGGAAAAGAUAAGAUGAAAAAAAAAUUAAAAAAUCAUUCAUUUAAUAUCUUUGAUAAAAGUAAACAGAAUACUUUUUUUUUUAUUUACUUACCAAAAAAGAAUUAUAGUUGCAGUAACUUUGAGUUUCAGAAUUAGCUUUAUAAAGUGCCAAGAUUGGAGGAAUACUAUUUUUUAGAUAUUAAAUAAAAUUUCUACAUUGAUAGCAUUAUACUAAAUUUUAGUAAAUUAUUAUCAAACAAUUAACAAUUGAACAGAUUGAAAUAACUUUUUU